AUGUUGGAGGUAGUGGCGGACGCUUCGUUCCUGACUGCACCGGUGUCCUGCGAGGUCAGCAACGCACUGGGUAGCGCCAACCGCAGCACAGCGCUGGAUUUUGUGAACCGGGGGCUUAAACCCAAUGGCCCUUGGGAGUGUCGUUUCGGAGUGGCUAAUCCCAAGUCAGAAGUUGCAUCCCUCCCUGGUCAUGUGACCCCUCCUCUGUCUCCUCCAGUCGGGCCGAUUCUGCAGGCAAAGCCGAAACCCUUAUCCGUGGACGUAGGGGAAGACGCCUCCUUCAGCUGUGUCUGGCGCGGGAAUCCUCUUCCACGGGUAACCUGGACCCGCCGCGGGGAAGCGCAGGUGCUGGCCUCCGGGCCCACGCUGCGUCUUCUCGCGGUGGGGCCGGAGGAUGCAGGCGACUACGUGUGCAGAGCCGGGCCGGGGCUCUCGGGCCUGCGGGGUGGCGCUGCGGAAGCUAGGUUGACUGUGAAUGCUCCCCCAGUGGUGACCGCCCUGCACUCUGCGCCCGCCUUCCUGAGGGGCCCCGCCCGCCUCCAGUGUCUAGUCUUCGCCUCCCCCGCCCCAGAAGCCGUGGUCUGGUCUUGGGAUGAGGGCUUCCUGACGGCGGGGUCGAGGGGUCGGUUCCUGGUGGAGACUUUCCCAGCCCCAGAGGGCCGCGGGGGACAGGGUCCAGGCCUGAUCUCUGUGCUGCACAUUUCGGGGACCCAGGAGUCCGACUUUAGCCGGGGCUUCAACUGCACUGCCCGGAACCGGUUGGGCGAAGGAGGCACCCAGGUCAGCCUGGGACGUAGAGACUUGCUGCCCGCUGUGCGGAUUGUGGCUGGAGUGGCCGCUGUGGCCAUGACUCUCCUUAUGGCCGGCACUGGGGUGGCCCUCUGCUGCUGGUGCCACGGCAAGGCCUCUUUCUCCAAGCAAAAGAAUCUGGUGCGAAUCCCAGGGAGCAGCAACGGCUCCAGUUCGAGGGGUCCCGAGGAGGAGACAGGCAGCAGCAAGGACCAGGGCCCCAUCGUGCACACAGACCACAGCGACCUGGCUCUGGAUGAGGAGGGAGCUCUGGAGACCAAGGACCCAACCAAUGGUUACUACAAGGUCCGAGGAGUCAGUGUGAGCCUGAGCCUUGGAGAAGCCCCUGGAGGAGGUCUCUUCCUGCCACCCUCCUCCCCUCUUGGACCUCCAGGGACCCCUACCUUCUAUGAUUUCAAAACACAUGUGGGCAUUGUCCCCCCCUGCAGGUUAUAUAGAGCCAAGGCAGGUUAUCUCACCACACCCCAUCCUCGAGCUUUUACCAGCUACAUCAAACCCACAUCCUUUGGACCCCCAGAUCUGGCCCCCAGCACUCCCCCCUUCCCAUAUGCUGCCUUCCCCACCCCCAGCCACCCACGUCUCCAGACUCAUGUGUGACA